AUGCCUGGACAAUCAACAACACGAUGGCUUCAGCUGUCUUUCCUCUUGAUGGCCAGCAGUGCUUCAGCAGGAUCUCUCAUGCUAUCUGACUUUGAGUCAAUUAGUGACAAGUCCUUUCCAUCAAACUGCGUUCAAGCAUACGACACACCACUGUCUCAAUGCACGCCUGCCGAUUUCACUGGUGGCAAGGCAUGCAGCGCUGCCUGCAAGGACUCAGUUCAGCAAGCCCAAGGCUUCAUCCAAGCAUCAUGCGGUGAGGUCUCAGCCAGCUCAGAAUCUCUUCUUAGCCGUGGCCAGAAGGGCAACCUUGUUGCUGUUCUCUGCCGAGAUGUCGACGAGCCCCAGACUCAACAACCUGAACCACAACCUGAGCCCGAAACUCAGGCAGCACCUACCACAACAGCUCCUGCUUCAGCUACCAAGGUCAUGAAGAAUGUUCUUAUCGAGACCAGUCACUCCUCUAUUAAGGACACAUCAAACGGUAGUCUGAAUGGGCCACCACUGUCUUCUGUGGAUGAAGACCUUGCAACCAAGAGCACCGUCCUCGCAAUCGACACAGAGCAGCCCACUGGCUCUCUACCCAUCCCCAAUCAGAUGGUGACCUCGGUGACCAAGGUCGCUUCAGUUAGCCACACAGCACAGGCAACAACCGCGGCGCCAACACCUACACCAGCAGAGGCUGCUGGUGCUGUUCAAGCCCCAAGUCUCCGGUUCAUAUGUGCAUCUUUUGUCGUGUCCGCAGUCAUGUAUAUGGUGGUCUAG